AUGACGUCAUCCUUAUUGUUCCUUGCCCUGUGCCUGAUCACGUGCGGGUCGGCGCAUGCGCAAUGUAGCAACACGUCGCCCUGCCCUUUCAAAGGUGGAGAUGAUUUCAUCACACCGGAAGAAACGUCCUCAGUAGAUGGUAAACUUGACAUGACCUUGACGGUGGAUGUGUCUGACGUCACGGUGGAGUGGUUGACCCUCACCAGGCGGACCUAUAACGGAGGUUGGCCCUCCCCUACACUACGGGUCAGGGCGGGCGACAGGGUCAACGUUCUCCUGAACCAAGCCGAGGGCAGCCCCAACACAUUCCGCCACCCGAACACCACCAACCUGCACGUGCAUGGACUACAUAUCUCACCCAGGGAGCCGCAGGACAAUGUGUUGAUAAAGGUGAACCCGGGGAGUGAGUAUCAGUACCACUAUGAGCUGAACGAGCGUCAGCCUGCCGGGACCUACUGGUACCACGCACACCACCACGGAUCUACGUACUUCCAGGUAGCCAGUGGUCUUGCCGGACUGUUGAUCGUUGAGGAUGAAGAAAACUCCAUGCCAGACGAACUUGCCGCCAUCUCCUGCCCGAAACACUGCGACAAAGAAGUGCCCAUGUUACUCGGCAAGAUGCUGUUCUACGGCUACGGCCGACGGAUAGAUUUUUUAAGAUUUCCAGCCGUACAAAAGGAGAUCGGCGACAUCUUUCGACUAGACGACACCCUGUUGAAUUGGCUGAAUGAGAGCGACACAACUCAAUAUCUCACCAAUGGUCAGUACGUACCGAAGGUCUCCAUGCAGCCGGGAGAGAUCAGACGUUUCCGGCUGGUGAAUGUCGGACCGACCGACAUGUUGGAGAUCUACCUCGAAGGUUGUGAGAUGGUAGUCUUGGCUUUUGACGGAGUUUACGUAGAUGAGCCUUACGAGACGAAGUACGUCUUCAUAUCGGACGCGGGCCGAGCAGAUGUGGCGGUCCGGUGUGCGAAGGCUGGGUCUUACCAGCUCAUUUCCCACAACGAGCCGGAUCAAAUCAUGUCGUUGGGUGUCACGCCGGUUUAUGAUGGAGUCUUAGCGACCAUUGAAGUCUCAGGUGAGCCGGUUAAGAUGUCUUUUCCUACCUCCUUACCCGAGAGGCCUUUCUUCAACGAGGACCUGAGAGAGUUCCCCGAUAUCCAAAUUAUGGGCCGGAACGUGGUGGAGUUCGGGCACACCCCCUACAUCAACCGGGAAAAAAUGCAGGCUGAUAACUACUUCCGGUAUAAAUUCAGAUUGGGAACUGUGCAGGAAUGGUACUUGGUGAACGCUGACCCUCUUUUGGGGCACCCGUUCCACGUGCACGUCAAUCACUUCCAGGUCGUCGCCUACAACCAGUACAACGGCCCCGUGGUCAGCUACUUGCCUAACGUAUACCCUGCGUUCUACGAUCAACAGGGGUUUCUCUGCGAACAACAACUGGUGGACUUUCCAAGUUCUGCGUUAAAACAUCUGAACAUAACGGUCGAUCUGAGGUUCCUGGGGCACGACACUAGGGACCGGGGCAUGGCGGGAUACGUGCCGAUUGGCCAAUGGAGGGACACCAUCUUGGUCCCGCCGUUGGCGAGCAUCACCAUCCGGUUUAUGGCUCACGAGUACAACGGAACUUGCGUCAUCCACUGUCACUUCCUGAAUCACGAGGAUAAAGGGAUGAUGAUGGUGACGGAAAUCGUCGAACCUGAUGAGUCAAUCGGGGGCGCACGCGUCACUUCCGGCUGUUUUUACCCGGGCACCUGCAGAUCCACUGACGAAUGGCCUGACAUCAGAAAUAAUAGUCCCUAGUAGGGCUGGGUAUCGGUACAGCGUACCGGUACAAAACCGGUUUUUCUUAUUGGACCGGUCUUUAUUAUUGGACCGGUCCAGAAAAACCGGACCUGAAAAAAUUAAGUAGACCGGAUG